GACCCUACUGAGUUCACCCUAGUGCGUGGAACGGGGUGUCUUGGGGCACCCGGCGUUCUCGGGGCUCUAGCCAGGACCUCCUCGCGUCACCGGGCCCGGUAGCCAACCAGAGUCGCCCAGCAACUUUUCUCCCCGUGGGUCACCCCGGAAACUUGUCCUUCCCAGAAUAGAACUCUGUCCCUGAGCCGAAGUAUGAGACUUGGAGACGAAGGCGGUGGCCACAAUGGGGAAGCCCCUGGGUCCCCUGCGCACUUACAGCCCCAGUUUCCUUCUGAGAGCCCCGCCCCUGCCUCCUGGGUCCCUUGGGUUGGCGUGGAACAGAACGGGGUUUGGGGGUGGAGUCAGACCAAGUUCAAAUGUUUGUAUCACAAACUUUGAGUUGAUGACCUUGAGUAAACGCUUACUGCCUGUGCCUCGGUCUCCCUCUUGUAAAAAUAACUAAUGCUGAGAGCUCCUUGAGAGCACAGCGUGGGCUGACACGUGAGAAUGGCUUUGAAUAGCGUCUUCUCAGUUCGUGUUUCCUCAUUCUGUGGAAGAGAGUCUGAAAGAGACCUAUAUUGGGCAUUGCUUGCCCUUAACCCUGUGGUCUGGUCAAUAGGAGCUGUGAUGGACACAUUCCAAGAAUGUGAAAUAUGAGUGACCCUUGUGGAACGAAGCCUGUCCAAGAAUCCAACCCCACCAUGAGUCUGUGGGGUCUUGAGGACAGACACAGCAGCCAGGGUCGACCUCAGCCAGACCAGGAUCCUGUGGCUAAAGAGGCCCCUACUUCCGAGCUGCAGAUGAAGGUGGACUUUUUCCGUAAACUGGGGUACUCGUCCUCUGAGAUCCACAGUGUCCUGCAGAAGCUGGGAGUUCAAGCAGACACCAACACGGUGCUAGGGGAAUUGGUGAAGCAUGGCUCAGCUACUGAACGAGAGUGCCAGGCCCUGAUGGCCCCCUGCCCCCAGCCCCCUCUGGUGCCCCGGGGUGGAAACACCCCCAAGCCUUCCACUCUAGAACCCUCACUCCCAGAGGAGGACAGAGAGGGCAGCGACCUGAGACCUGUGGUCAUCGACGGAAGCAAUGUGGCCAUGAGCCAUGGGAACAAGGAAGUCUUCUCUUGCCGGGGCAUUCUGCUGGCUGUGAACUGGUUUCUGGAGCGAGGCCACACAGAUAUUACCGUGUUUGUGCCAUCUUGGAGGAAGGAACAGCCUCGGCCAGAUGUGCCUAUCACAGACCAGCACAUCCUGCGAGAACUGGAGAAAAAGAAGAUCUUGGUGUUCACGCCAUCCAGGCGGGUCGGUGGCAAGCGUGUGGUGUGCUAUGAUGACCGCUUCAUUGUGAAGCUGGCCUUCGAAUCCGACGGAGUGGUGGUCUCCAAUGACACGUACCGAGACCUCCAAGGCGAGAGGCAGGAGUGGAAACGCUUCAUCGAGGAGCGGCUGCUCAUGUACUCCUUCGUCAACGACAAGUUCAUGCCCCCUGACGACCCUUUAGGACGGCAUGGGCCUAGCCUGGACAACUUCCUUCGUAAGAAACCACUGCCUUCUGAACACAGGAAGCAGCCAUGCCCCUAUGGGAAGAAAUGUACGUAUGGAAUCAAGUGCCGAUUUUUCCACCCUGAGCGGCCAAGCCGUCCCCAGCGCUCUGUGGCCGAUGAGCUCCGUGCCAACGCCCUCCUCUCACCUCCCAGGACUCCAGUCAAGGACAAAAGUAGCCAGAGGCCUUCCCCUGCCUCUCAGCCCAGCUCUGUGUCCCUAGAGGCUGAACCAGGCAGCCUGGAUGGGAAAAAGCUGGGUGCCAGGUCAUCUCCAGGUCCCCACCGAGAAGGCUCACCGCAGACCUGUGCUCCAGCUGGCAGGAGCCUCCCUGUUAGUGGGGGCAGCUUCGGGCCCACAGAGUGGCUUGCACACACCCAGGACUCACUCCCAUACACCUCCCAGGAGUGCCUUGAUUCAGGCAUUGGCUCCCUGGAGAGCCAGAUGUCAGAAUUAUGGGGCGUGCGAGGAGGCAGCCCUGGAGAGUCGGGCCCCACUCGGGGCCCCUAUGCAGGUUAUCACAGCUAUGGAUCUAAGGUCCCAGCAGCACCUUCCUUUUCUCCCUUUAGACCAGCCAUGGGUGCUGGCCACUUCAGUGUCCCCACCGACUAUGUGCCCCCGCCACCCACCUACCCAUCCAGAGAGUACUGGUCUGAGCCGUACCCAUUGCCCCCACCCACUCCUGUCCUUCAGGAGCCCCAGAGACCCAGCCCCGGGACUGGUGGGGGGCCCUGGGGCAGGGUGGGUGACCUGGCCAAAGAAAGGGCUGGUGUAUAUACCAAGCUGUGUGGUGUCUUCCCCCCACACCUGGUAGAAGCUGUAAUGAGACGCUUCCCACAGCUGCUGGAUCCGCAGCAGCUGGCCGCUGAGAUCCUGUCUUACAAGUCCCAGCACCUCAGUGAGUAAGCCAGGAGGUGGCGCAAGGGGCUGUCGGGCAUCACAGAUAGCGGUCCCCAGCCCCUGGCCUACCCUGGAAGCUGGACAGAGGGACAAGUGAAGCAGGCAAGGGAAUCCUCAAACCAAAGAUACCAUAGGAUUGGUUCUGGCCCCGCGGCACCCCUACCCGUCCCGCACAGGUCAGAAACGAUCACCCUGUUGAUACACAUUGUAUCUCUGUCAUUUAAGGAGACGCUGCCGGUCAGGCCGUCCAUCCGUGGCUGAUGCCCAAACCCUCUUUUUUUUCUCAGAGGGCAGGGUGGGAGGCAUGGGGAAGCAGAGGCCUGAGCUGGACCCCACCUUCCACCCUGUCCCUGGGACGCCGGCACCACCGGCUAGUUAGGCACCAUGUGCCUGCUCUCUGAGGCCCCCUCAAGCCAAUGUGGCCUCAUCCCUGUUCACAGGGCAUGAGGCUUCAUGUUAGUAAGCAAGAUGCUUCUUUAAGCCCCUCCCCUGCCCGCUCUGUCCACCUACACCCCCACCACCACCAGGGCUCCAAGGCCCUCUGAGCCCCUCCCCUGCCCGCUCUAUCCACCUACCCCCCCCCCACAACCAGGGCUCCAAGGCCCUCUGUUUCCACACCUUCCCCUUCCCCAUGGGUGGGAGGACACAUGUAUGCUGUGUACAGAGACGAGAUUUAAAUAUUUUAAAUGAAAAAAGUUGACAAAAUAAAGGCUAUUGCCA